ACGAAUGCGUAAUAGAUGAAGGUUGUCAAGUCACACGCAUUCUUUCUCUUAAAAUGAUAAAAAAACAGUGCCUGGGGGAUGAAACCAAAUAAAACAUCACUAGAUGAACAUUUUUAAGUUUACCAUUUUUUAAAGAUGACAAAACCAAAUGAAAAAAAUGACAGCAGAUUAUUUAGGAAGCUGCUCCACGAGAAAUUGACAAAGAAGGAAAUGGAUGACGUUUUUUUUUAUUCUAAGCAAGUGAUGGGCAUCGCAGCGGGGAUACUAUCUGGAUUUUUGCGCAUUAAAGGGAUUUUGGGAUUUCUCUUUUUUUUCAUUUUCCAGUUUCUCACGUCUUUCGCCCUGUACAACAAAAAAAUAGAUGAAAAUCAUUUUAUGGACAAUUAUAGCAUCGCAACGAGCAACGUAUUUGUUGGACUUUCUGCAUUUCUGGUAUCAUGGAUAACAGUCAACACGUUAUUAAUUUAAGCGAGUUGCAUGAGCGGAGAAGUGAAAAGAAACGGCAAUGCGAAGUGGAAAAUAAAUUUUUGCAACAAAGAAAAACAACAUGCAAAAAGUCGAACACAAGUGGUAGAUUUUACGAAAGCGUUUCACAGUAGCAAAAUUGGGAGCAAUUU